GCCGUGGAGCCGUGUGCAUCUUUGCUAGGGGCUCGCUCGCUCCCGGGAGCCGCGCAGCUUCCCUGGAGGUGGCCGAAGCGACGGAGAACGCCGUUAUUGGGCCUUCACGGCGCCCAGGCCUCGCCGCCCGCGCUCCGUUCGCUCUCUUAGGCGGCCUCGCCCGCCACGCGUGGAGGUGUGAGGCGACAGGGGGCGAGCGCCCCGAGAAGCGUUAGCCGCCGCGGCCUCCGGUCCUCCCUCCGCCUCCUCCUCGGCCCCCCCCCCGCUUCCCUCCUCCCACCCCCGAGCUCCGGCGGGUCCCGGCCACGCUCGGCGCUGCUGCAGGAACAAAGGAGGACCCCGCGGCGGCGGCGGCGCCACCUCCGCCUGAGGCUUCUACCCGCUCCCGCGGCGGCGGCUCCAGGGCCCCCGGCUCGCCCUUCCUGGAGACCUCGGCCCGGCCUCACCGCACAGGCGUCUCGCGCGAGCCCCGUUCCUGCAUCCGGGCUUCUGCAGGCAGAAAAAUAUGGCUCAGGAGACUAACCAGACCCCUGGGCCCAUGCUGUGUAGUACAGGAUGUGGCUUUUAUGGGAAUCCUAGGACAAAUGGAAUGUGUUCUGUUUGCUACAAAGAACAUCUCCAGAGGCAGCAAAAUAGUGGCAGAAUGAGCCCAAUGGGGACAGCUAGUGGUUCCAACAGUCCUACCUCAGAUUCUGCAUCUGUACAGAGAGCAGACGCUAGCUUAAACAACUGUGAAGGUGCUGCUGGCAGCACAUCUGAAAAAUCAAGAAAUGUGCCUGUGGCUGCCUUGCCCGUAACUCAACAAAUGACAGAAAUGAGCAUUUCAAGAGAGGACAAAAUAACUACCCCGAAAACAGAGGUGUCAGAGCCAGUUGUCACUCAGCCCAGUCCAUCAGUUUCUCAGCCCAGUGCAUCACAAAGUGAAGAGAAAGCUCCUGAGUUGCCCAAACCAAAGAAGAACAGAUGUUUCAUGUGUAGAAAGAAAGUUGGCCUUACAGGAUUUGACUGCAGAUGUGGAAACUUGUUUUGUGGACUUCACCGUUACUCUGACAAGCACAACUGUCCAUAUGAUUACAAAGCAGAAGCUGCAGCAAAAAUCAGAAAAGAGAAUCCAGUUGUUGUGGCUGAAAAAAUCCAGAGAAUAUAAAUUACCACUUGUGAAGAGACUGAAACUUUGUUUUUAUUUUAAUAUAUCGUAGGAAAACAUUAAAGAGCAGAUGCAUGGCCAUUUUC